UGUAUAAAGUCCCAGACUACCUGAUAGAAGACUAAGGAGAAGAAACUCAGAGACUUGUCAGUUGUGACUUCUCACUGGACAGUAAAGAUAUUACGUCUGAACAAGGGAAUCUGUAACAAAGAAACAAAGUCUACAAAGUAAAAGUCUUUAUCAAGAACGGUCUCUCAACGCUGACAUGAUGUCCCAGCAUGCUGCCUUGACCAGCCUGUUUGGCAAUGACCCUUUCUUCAGCCAGGAACAGUUGCUGUGGCCUCUGCAGCAUGGGGCCCUUUCUUCACUACAGCAAGAAUUCUUCGAUCAGAGAGUCAAACUAGCUGACAGCCUCCUGACGGAGCUACAUGAUGGGCACCCUCUGCUCAGACUUAGCCAUCUGCCCCUCCUUUCCUCCACUUUGGCAGGGCUGAGUGAUGGAAAAAAGCAGCAGAAGGAGACUCCCAGCACAGAACUGCAGAAGGAAGCCCAGCAGGAUGCGGAAAACGGAGACCUCCUGGUGACCCUUGAUGCUCGUGGUUACGCCCCCACUGACAUCACUGUCAAACUGCAGGGGCGGACUGUGGUGGUGGUGGCCAUGAAACAGGCUGGAGCAGAAGAGAGCCAGUCCUGCUCCUCCUCCUCUUCUUGUGCCUCCUUAUGCACCUCAACUUCAUCACAGAUGGGGUUUGUCCAGAAGAUCAACCUGCCUGCUCACCUGGAUCUGUCCGGCCUAUCCUGUUCCCUGAUGGAUGAUGGACAGCUGCGAAUACAUGCACCUGUGGCCAGGCAGCCGAUCAGUGAGGAGCACCAGCUGCCCAUCCGGUUUAGGACAUCGUUGGAAUUUCCCAUUACCGAGGACAAGACAGAGGGGAAGCACACAGACUAAUGGACACAUGGCACACAAUCUACACUUUUGAAUACGUACAUACUUUUUUGUGUCCACAUACAAAUAUACACACUUCCACUAAAAGACUGUCUGUGAGUAAAGUUUACAAUUACUAAAUGAAUAGAAUAUUUAUUUUGUAAUUAUUUGCAAUUUGUAUAAACAAUAUAUAGAACAUAAAGUUUUAAAAUAUCAGAAAAUUGUGCUACUAGUGCCUGUUUGGUGCAGGGAUUUAUUAAAUAAAUAGAUAACUACUGUU